AUGUUCCUCAAGACACACAAGUGCGGGUCCUCCACGGUCCAGAAUAUUUUACUUCGGUUUGCCUACAGUAACAACCUCACUUUAGCUUUGCCGGAGGAACUGAACUACCUUGGUGAUCCGGCAAGCAAAUUCAGGGCCGACCUCCUCCCCCCGAGGCUGGUCCCCCCGGGUGGCAAGGUGGACGUGUUCGCCCUCCACGCCCGCCUCGACGUGCGGGAGAGCCUGAAGGUCCUGCACCAAGACGCCCUUUGGAUCACCAUCGUCAGGAAUCCCGUGGACGUCUUCGAGUCCCUCUACGCCUACUACGACCUGCGGGAGAUUUACAGAUUGGAUGUAAAUGACUUCAAGUUCAUGCCGAUGUCGGUUAACGAUUCCUUGCUGAAGCUGCCGCGAGCGAGCGACCUGCUGGGGAAGAACCAGAUGCUGUUCGACCUGGGCUUCCCCGACGACCUGCCCGAGGCGCGGCUGCGUCAGGCGAUCGAGGGGACCGACCGCCUCUUCGACCUGGUGAUGGUGGCCGAGCGGAUGGACGAGUCGCUGGUCCUGCUGCGCCACCUGCUGUGCUGGAGCCUCCACGACGUCGUUGUGUUCGCCAAGAACGCCCGUCGGAAGGGCGUGAGACCCGCCCUGGACGCCCACACGCGGCGGACGCUCCGAGAGCUGAACGGCGCCGACGCGCGCCUCUACGAGCACUUCCUGGCCAAGCAUCGGCGCGCCGUGAUUGACUUCGGCGUCCGGAGGAUGGCGCGCGAGGUGGCCGCCCUCAGGGGCCUCCGCGCCCGCUACUUCAGGGAGUGCAACGUCGUCGAGGUCAAGGGCGACGAGCCUUUCUUCCAGUUCCGGGAGUACUCGGGCCUCGUCUCCUCCUACGUGACGGCCGAAACCGCGAACCAGACGUGCCUCCUGCUGUGCCUGCCGGAGACGCCGCUCGUGGACCUCGUGCGGGAGAGGCAGCUGCGCGUCGGCGGCCCGUGAGGC